AUGGAUGCCUUUGAUUUAGUGUGGGGUAUGGAUGUUCCUUUUAAAAUAAAGGCGUUUGGUUGGAGGCUUUUUCACAGUAGGCUUCCUAUGAAAGAUCUUUUGGAGUUGCGAGGUAUGCCUUUGUCCGUGGAUGAUUUAAAGUGUAUUUUUUGUGGUGUGUGUAAGGAGAAUAGGGAUCAUUUAUUUUUUGGUUGUUUGGUGGUGAAAAAUAUUUGGAAUGAGAUAGCUUUUUGGGUGGAUAAAGGGGCUUUUUCCGUUGAAGAGUGCUUCUCAAAUUUUAUGGAUUGGCACCUAUUUUUUCAUAGUAAAUUGGUGUUGGAUAGAAAGUUGGAUAUUAUUUGGUUUGCUACAACUUGGUGCAUUUGGUUGGUUAGAAAUGGCGCUUGUUUUCGCAAAGAGGCGUGGAGUGUAAAUUCAACAUUGUUUGGAACAUCAAGUUGUUGGCUUGGAGAUGGUCGUUUUGUGGAAAAAUUACUCAAUCCAAUUAUUCCCUAUACGAGUUUUGUAAGAAUCCGUUGUACUAUCUCUCGUAAUGUGAUUGGUUAG